UAUAAGUUUUCACCGUCUCCCAAGAGAUGAAAACUUACGCAAGCAGUGGAUGGACUUUUGCGGGCGACAGGUAGACUCAACUGCAAGAGUAUGUAGUGAACACUUUCUGCCGGAAGAUUUUGCAAACGCUUUGAAAGUUGACAUGGGAUUGGUGAAAUAUCGUAAGCUCAAAAAGGGGGUAGUCCCGACAGUGGGUAAGAAACGGUACCCCAAUUCAGGCAUUAGUUACCUGUUGGAGGCUGCCAAAUUGCUUGAAGAGGCAGAGAGCCCUCAUGAAAUGAAGAGGAAUGCCCUCACCAUAAGUGAUUUGUUGGAAGCUGCACGGAUAAUUGACGCCGAAGAUGUUCAUGAGGUGAAGAGGAAUGACCUCAGUACAGGUGAUUUGUUGGAAGCUGCACGGGUAAUUGACGCCGAUGAACAAGAUAACAUAGCUGUGCCUGGAAGGUUGCCAUUGAUGGAAGUCGCAAACGAAAAGAAUUCCAACCAAAAAGAAUUGUUGCAGCAACAAGUGUAAGUUAAAUAAAUACAUCGCUCUAGAUGUAAUAAACAUAUUUUACAACGGUUUUUAUAUCCCACAGGGAAGGUUUAAAAAAGGAGGCUGAAUUUGA